CAGACAGACCAUGCGUCCGGCGAAAACAGUGUAGCCCAACUCAGACUUUACACUGCGGCAAUAGGCAAGUUGCGCGUUGUCUUAGUCUUAGUCUAAGCCUCAGUAAGGUGAAUGGUAAUAGGGGGAUGCUGAACGAUGUAUUUUCAGCGCUGUUCUGCUUCGACUAUAGUCUCACAUUUACACGGGAGGUCGAGCGUAUCUGGAAGCACGAAUUCAGCACGCCGGUCAUAUUGUUCUACAUCAUCAGGUAUUCGGCGAUGAUCAGCGCGCUGCUCGUAAUCUUGGAUUUGACAGGCUGGAGGGGAGUAUCUGACAAGUGUUUUCAGCGCUCAGAGCCUGCGCGCUGUGUUGGAAAGACAAACGGGUGUUUGUCUUUGUCUUGUUGGUAGCCUGUAUGCAUCCCGCCAUCGCCGCCUAUACGUUCAUAAAAUUGAACAUCUUCCACACCACGGCCCCUGUUCCGGGAUGUGGUUUUGCGCCGGACAUGCCGGAUGCGAUGUACGAGAAGUGGAUCAUAGGCGCCCGAUUGGCAGCCGUCCUCACGGAUAUGAUCGUGCUCGCUAUCACGAUCUGGAAAGCCCGGCCAGUCCGCAUACAAGGCGUCAAGCUUGGUGUUAAAUCCACGAUGGUGAACAUCCUGAUGCGGGACGGUGUGCUAUACUUUGGGGUACUCUUAAUCGCGAACCUCAUCGGGCUCAUACUCGUCCGCCUCUUCAUCGUAAACCCCAAAGAGCUUCACUGAAGGCGAACUUCAUCGCUGACUUGUUGCGUACCACAGUUUAUCCAGCCAAUAAACACUUGGAUGGCCAUGCUGACAGCCAUUAUGACCUCGCGCUUCAUCCUCGACCUACACGAAGCGGCAGAUCCACGUUUCGACGGCCUGAGCACCGACGGGGGCAUUUCUACCUUGAUCUUCCCAGCCACAUGCAAGCACGCUCCGCGCGUCGACCGUGACGUGUCCUCGAGCAGCAGCGCUGCGGGGACGGGCUGGAUAGAGCAAAACUCAGAAAUAGGGAGCAUGGAGGUCGGUGAGUGCGAUGACGCUGAGUGGG